CCUUGGCCUCUCUUGGGCGGGUCUGGAACAAAGCUUCCUCUUUUGAUCCGGGACCCAGACCGGCGCUGCAACUCGGUGGAGUGUCAUGAUCUGUUCAAGGUUGAGGCAGACGUGGAGACGAACUGGUCUGGGAAGGCCAUCAAACCCCUUGUGCUGGCAUUGACGUGUCCCAGGGAGAGAGACAGGAAUCCUGCAGGGCAGCAGCAGACCUAAUACCAACUAAGCAUCUAAGAGGCCAGCUUGGGAAGCUGGGAUUCCUCUGGAGUGGCCCUGCCACCACCCACAGCCAUGCGCAGCCUCGAGGCUCUCCUGCUCCUCCUCCUGGCUGGGGGGACUGAGGCCUUUCGCAUCUGUGCCUUCAAUGCUCAGCGGUUGACACUGGCCAAAGUGGCCAAGGAGCAAGUGAUGGACACCUUAGUUCAGAUCUUGGUCCGCUGUGAUAUCAUGGUACUUCAGGAGGUGGUGGAUUCCUCUCCCAGUACCAUCACCCUUCUGCUUCGAGAACUCAAACGAAUUGACAGUUCCAGGAGCUACAGUUUCCUAAACAGCUCCCUGUUGGGGCGCAGCACAUACAAGGAAAUGUAUGUGUACAUCUUUCGGUCGGACAAGACACAGGUCCUGAAUUCAUACCAGUUCAACGACACCGAUGACCUCUUUGCCCGGGAGCCAUUUGUGGUCCAGUUCACUUUGCCCAGCAAAAUCCUUCCUAGCUUGGUGCUGGUCCCACUCCACACCACGCCCAAGGAUGUGGAGAAGGAGCUGAAUGCCCUCUAUAAUGUGUUCCUGGACGUCUCCCAACGCUGGCAGAGUGAGGAUGUGAUCCUACUUGGAGACUUCAAUGCUGACUGUGCUUCACUGACCAAAAAGCGCCUGAACAGCCUGCUACUGCGCACUGAGGCAGGCUUCCAUUGGGUGAUUCCCGACGGGGAGGACACCACUGUGCGGGCGAGCACCCAUUGCACCUAUGACCGUAUUGUGGUGCAUGGGCAGAGCUGUCAGAGCCUGCUGAAGGCUGCAGCUGCCUUUGACUUCCCCAGCCACUUCAAGCUCACUGAGGAAGAGGCUCUCAGCAUCAGCGACCACUAUCCUGUGGAGGUGGAGCUGAACCUGGCAGCUCCAAGUAUCAAGUCUCUCAGCCUGACCACUCUGCUGCUGCUGUCACUCCUGUCCCCUCAGCUGGGCCAGGUCAUCUGAUUGCUCAACUCUAAGCCUGCUGGUCACUGCCUUAGACUCAAACCCUCUUGCUAAGGUGUAACCUUGUCUUGUUUGGUAACCCAGAGAAGACAUGGCUAUAACUGAGUGGUUGGGUUCUUGCUUAGCAUGUCAAGGCCCUGGGUUUGAUCCCCAUCACCAGGGGGAAGAGGCUAAACUCAUGUCCCUCUACCUCAGGUUAUGUCAGGAGACAAAGCAAUGGCAAAGGGAAAACUGACAAGCAG